AAGGCCUUAACCUGCGCACCCACCCAUAUAUAGCGCUGACACCACCACCACCACCACCUCCUUCAGAAUUGGCUCGGAGAAAUCAAGAAAUGGAGGGGCUUCCACACGGUUAUAGGCCAAACGUUGGAGUUUGUCUUCUCAAUUCUCAGAAUCAGAUUUUUGUGGCUUCAAGAUUGAAUGUUCCUGGAGCUUGGCAAAUGCCUCAGGGUGGUAUCGAAGAUGGUGAAGAACCAAGAGCUGCAGCCCUAAGAGAAUUAAGAGAAGAAACUGGAAUAGCCUCAGCUGAAAUUAUUGCAGAAGUUCCCCACUGGUUGACUUAUGACUUCCCUCCAUCUGUAAAAGCGAAAGUUAACCGCUUGUGGGGAGGACAAUGGAAUGGCCAGGCACAAAAAUGGUUCCUUAUGAGAUUUACUAGAGAUGACAGUGAGGUAAACUUAGCAAAUGGCGAGGUGGAUUCUGAAUUCUCAGAAUGGAAAUGGACCAGCCCUGAAGAAGUCAUCGAGCAGGCUGUUGAUUACAAGAGGCCCGCUUACGAGGAAGUUAUAAGAACCUUCAUGCCUUACUUGAACAGCAAAGCACCAUCUAUCAAUACGUAAGUCAGAAAUCUGAGUGCAUGAUGAGCCUAAGUUCACAUCUCUAGUCAUGCUCCUAACAUGACUGGCUCGACGUGAGCACUUUGGGUUCAUUUUGCUUCUAGCUUUCUUAUGUAAAUUAUCUGAUUUGCAAACUUGAAAUACAUAUUAUCUAACACUAAUAAAAAAAAACUUCGAGCUUUUAAAAGUAAAUUUAUUUUUUGUUUUUGUGUACAAACAAGAGCAAUGCAUUCACUAGUUGUUAAGUGAGCUUAGUUAGAUGUGUA